UAUGAUUAAAAUAGUUGAACCACCAAUGGUCUAGUGGGUGCGUGUAUCGGUGUUGAACUGUCAAAACAUAUGUGAAAAAGCGAUUUUUUAGGAUUUUAAGUGUUUUCAUUAGUGUUUUCGUUUUUGUGUUUAAUAAUGAAGAGUGUUGUGUUAGAUCUUUGAACAAUAUAAGGAUUCUAAUAUUGAUUUUAAGUCAGGAACAUUUAGAUAAGAGAUAUACCACCAGGAUGUUCAAAAGCUUUAUAAAAGGCGUAACUUCGGAUAAAGAUGAAAAGGAGAAACGGAAGAGGGACAAGAAGGACCGGAAAGAGAAACAAAAACGGGAUCGAGCCUCCUUGUCAGCGGAAGAGUUAUUGCGAUUAGACGAAGUGCGUCGUUCGAUUAAAAUUCGCGGCCGUCGUAAAGAAAAAGAAAAACUACCGUCGGGUAUCACGGCGGACUACACCGCCGACUUCCUGGCCAGUCUGAACAGGACGGAGCUGCCCAGUUUUGCGGCUCCGGGCUCUCCCAAUCAGUACAGCCAUUUCGAGGCCGGCUACACGCAAUCGGACAGUUCCGAGACCAGCCUCAAUUCGAUCAACCAAAAAAACGUACCUCUGUUACCUCCCAAACCUCCGAAAAGGGGCAUUUUGAAAACGCCUAAAGUUACCUUGACGCAGGAGAACGGCCAGAACGGCCACGAUCCCGUCGACCACGUCGAUUUAGUGAGAAACACUUUGCAGAACGAGUUGAUAAUGUACGAAAACGUACCCGGGCAAAACGGGUUCGGUAUCAAGAGUAUGAGCAGUCAGUUGUUGGUGAUUACGUCGACGUCGCCUAGUGCCGAUAGUCUCACCGACACUACAAACAGUUCGUUUGCCACGCCUCCUUUCUCGCUGAGUCCUGUAGGAGAGUCUCAGGGAUUUCACAGGUGGUCUAGGACAUCGAAUUUUGAUGACGUAUAUCUACCUCCUCCCGAAAUUGUGCCAAUGAUUCUUCCGAAACCCCGUAUUUUGGUUGUACAAAGACAAAAACCGCCUAGACAUGAUUUCGGAUUGUCUCUUCGUCGAGCUAUGGUCUUGGAACGAACGAAUAGCAACACGUUAGAGGGUGGUGUAACAAUGAGGGCUGUAAUUUUUGCUGAACCCGGUUCAAUGAUUCAGCAUAACAACGAGACUGGUCUCCUUCCUGGCGAUAAGCUUCUGGAAGUAAACAGAGUGCCCGUAGAGGACAGAAGCAGGGAAGAAAUUAUUGACAUGAUUAAAGCUUCCGGCGAUAGUGUCACUUUAAAGGUUCAACCUGUUGCAGAACUGAGCGAACUGAGCCGUAGGUCUGCUCACGAUGGCGGCGAAAUCGAGUUGGACGAUGCAAACAUCCGAGGGGGUACUCUGAAGAGAUCCGGAAGUAGAAGAUACAACAAAUCGACGACGGCUAAAAGUGAGGAGCACUUGGAACAGGAGAAACAAUGGUUGGACGCGGAAAGGGUAUGGUUGAUGCACAGAGGUGGUUUUACGGCGGCCAGGAAAGAAAAAUUUACCGACAGCGAACCAGGAAAGGUGAAAAUAAAAUUGGAACAUACAGGCGAUGUUCUGAUAGUUGACGAAGAUGAUAUAGAAAAGGCAAAUCCCCCGCAGUUUGAUAGAGCUGAAGACUUGGCUGCCCUAAGACACUUAAACGAAUCUAGCGUACUACACACACUCAGACAGAGAUAUGCGACUAAUUUAAUUCAUACUUAUGCUGGAUGCGGUACACUUUUGGUUAUAAACCCUAUGGCACCUUUAGCUAUUUACUCAGAAAAGGUCGUAGCCCUUUUUAAGGGAUGCAAGUCCGAAGAUAUGCCUCCUCACAUCUAUUCAAUGGCCCAAUCAGCCUAUCACAACAUGUUGUCUAGUCGCCGAGAUCAGUCAUUAGUGUUUGCUGGCCGAUCUGGUUCAGGAAAAACCACCAAUUUCCGACAUUGCGUCCAGUAUUUAGUUACCGCAGCGGGCGCCGUAAACAAUAUUUUAAAUCUGGAAAAAUUGACAGCCAUGUGGACGUUACUGGAAAGUUUCGGCAACUGCAAAACUGUCAUGAACUCCAACGCGACCAGAUUCACUCAGAUAUUUAGUCUUGACUUCGAUCAAAGCGGCUUUAUAUCUUCAGCUAGCAUACAAAUUCUUCUUUUGGAAAAGGGCCGGGUUGCAAGGAAGACCGACGGCGAGACUACCUUUCACAUUAUGCACCGGCUGUUGUAUGGAAUAGAAGGGCCUUUGCGAAAGGAACUGUUUUUAGAGAACCUUUCUGGAAAUGAGAACAACCCUUUUAUGAGUUUAUUGCAGAAGCACGAGGAUAAACAGAGGGCGCAGCAAGAGUUUGCGAAAACGUGUAGCGCUCUAAAUAUUUUGGGAAUAUCCGAUGUAGAGCAGAAAGUGAUAUUUUCAGUUUUGGCCGCGAUAUUUCAUUUGGGAUGUGCAGGUGCUGUAAAAGCUGGAAAUAAUAACCGUUACCAAUUUGGUAACCCCCAAAGUGCUCAGAGAGCAGCCAGUUUGUUGGGUACAACAGCAGAGGAACUAUCACGUGUCAUAUUUGGUUUAUCAUCAGGUGGAAUGGUAACUCCAAAUCAACCAAGAGCACCUUUCAGGACUCCCUCUCCAACUGAUAAAGGCUUGGAAAGAGAAGCUAUCGGUUUAGAAGCAGUUGAAGGAAUAGUUAUGGGAUUUUAUUCAGAAGUGUUCAAUUGUGUGGCUAAUUUAAUAAAUAGGGCGAUAUCUAGUAAUAAUCACACUGUAAAUUCAAUUCUUCUAGUCGAUAGUCCAGGGUUCCAAAAUCCUGCUACAUGUGGAAAACAAGCAGGCGCAUCAUUUGAAGACCUAUGUCACAACUAUCUACAAGAAAGGUUACAACUUCUAUUCCACCACACUAAUUUGGUAGCCCCCAAAGAUAGGUAUCUUCAGGAAAACAUUGAUUUUGUAUAUGAUGAGCACGAAAAUGAGAAUAUUAUCAAUCCACAACCACUUGUAAAUCUGUUAGAUAGAACUGCCCAAAAUUCUGUAAUAAGGACAUCUCAAACUGACUUACAUGAAGCUGACAGAAGAGGAUUAUUAUGGCUUCUUGAUGAGGAGGCCAUGUAUCCAGGAGGCAGCGACGAGUCGUUUCUAGAACGUUUAUUUAAUCAUUAUGGGGACAGAGAUCAUCAGCUUCUGCUCAGGAAAGCCCCAGGAAACAGUCAGUUCAUUUUACAGCAUUUACAAGGAACGAAUCCUGUUCUUUAUAGUGCAAAAGGUUGGCUGAAGCAAAGUAGGGAGAAUCCUGUGUCUAGAGCUGCUGUAUCUCUACUUCAGGAAAGUUGCAAGGAAGAUACUAGUAAACUUUUUGUAGCAGUCAGAGGUCUUGGGGCAUCUAAUUUUAGCGGUUCAGUAGUAGGAUUAGAUGGAUCCCAGUCUUUGCGAAGGGCUUCUAGUAUCAGAAGAACCUUUACUGGUGGCACAGCUGCUAUUAAGAGAAAAAGUAUCUGCUUGCAGACUAAAUUUACCAUUGAUGGUUUAGUUGAAACGCUAAGAAGAACCAAAUUGAGAUUUGUACAGUGCAUCUUGCCCCAACACAAUGCUGGUUUUUGUGAAAGCAAUGGAUCAUUGAUUAACGUUAGACUAAACUCUGGAAGUUCCGAAGAUGCUUUGCUGAACAUUCCUCUUUUAAGAUCACAGAUUCGUGGUGCACAAAUUCUGGAUUCAGUUCGUCUCUACAAACAAGGAUUUCCGAAUUUCUUGCAAUUAGGGGAAUUUAGAAGAAAAUUUGACAUUUUGGCUGGCGAUAAUAAAGUAUCCAGUCCAGUUUUAGAUGAAAGGAAAGCUGUUGAAGAUAUGCUGUUGACAAUGGAUUUGGAACUUUCGAGUUACAGAGUUGGUUUAAGUCAGAUCUUCUUCCGCACUGGCGUAAUAUCUCAGCUUGAGGCUCAGCGCGAUGAGCGGUUGGCCGGCGUGGUUAUCUCGCUGCAGGCUCACUGCAGGGGCUAUUUGGCACGGAGAAAACUGCAACAGAAGAAAUUACAGGAUUUGGCGGUGAGAUGCAUCCAAAGAAAUGUCAGGAAAUUUAUGCUUGUUCGCGAUUGGCCAUGGUGGAGGUUACUGGUGAGAGUAACGCCUCUGUUGAACGUUCACAGAACUGAAGAAGAAUUGAGAGCAAAAACGGAGGAGCUAGAAUCUUUAAAAAUCAAGCUCCAGAAAUUGGACAACGAGAGAACAUCUUUGAAACACGACAAUGAUAAGCUAGAAGCUAAGUUAAGCGAGAUGACAGCAGAUUUAGCUGAGGAACACUCAACAGCUACUUUGGCAGCCGAACGUCUAGAUGCCGAAACAUCAGAAAGACUUCGCUUGGAAAAGGAACUGUCCGAUUCCAAACAGAAGAAUAAGGACUUGACCAUGGCAUCGGAAAAAUUGGAGAUGGAACUACUGUACGCUAGGUCAGAUCUGAACGGAAUAUCCGAGGAGGACGAAGAAGGAAGUGAAGGUGACGGAGUUUAUAAACAAAGGUACGAAAGAGCGAUUAAGGAAUUGGAGUUCACUAAAAGAAGGCUUCAACAACAGCAUGAAGACGAUUUGGAGCAGCUUAUUGGACUUAAAAAACAGCUAGAAAAGAAACUUGGAGAUGCAUAUGAAGAAGUUGAAGAACAAAGGCAAGUAGUUGGUACAUGGAAAAGAAAGGUACAGAAGUUAAACGGAGAGAUGAACGAUUUAAAAUUAUUGCUGGAGGAGCAAAGCAGUAGAAAUAAUUUAUUAGAAAAGAAACAAAGAAAAUAUGACUCGGAAGCUUCAAUGCUACAAGACGAACUUAAAAAAGAGAGGCUGGCCAAAGAAAGGUUGGGUAGAGAGAAAGAAAUUCUUAUGGCUGAAAAAUACACACUAGAAAGCUCUUUGGCAGAUAUUCGAUUGGAACUGGAUUUGAAGGAAGAUAAACUGUCAGCAUUGCAGCGAGAAUUUGACGAAAUUACGUGUGGAGGCAAAACUGAAGAAGAAACUACAGUUCUUCGAAAACAGAAAAUAGACUGCGAAAGACGCUUGCAGGAUCAAGAAGAAGAAUUAGACGAAUUAGCAGGACAAGUUCAACUUCUUGAACAAGCUAAACUCAGACUAGAGAUGUCUUUAGAGUCUAUGAGGAAAGAGGCUAAGAAGGAGGCUCAAAUGAGGGAAGAAGAAGUUGAAGAGGCUCGUUGUAAUGCGCAGAAAAAAGUAAAAGCUUUGGAACAGCAGCUUGAAAAUGAACACGAGGAGCGCACUGUCCUUUUAAGAGAGAAACAUGAACUUGAGAGGCGAUUGCAGGCAGCCGCUGAUGCAGAGAGACAAGAUAGAGCAGGAGAUGAAGCUCUAUUACAAAGACUAAAGAGGGACUUAAAGAGAACAAAGGCUUUGCUUAGAGAUACUCAAGCUCAAUUAGAUAGACUCAAAGCAGAAACACCAGGUAAAAAUAUGAUAAGGCAAUUAAGAAAUCAGCUGGAAGAUUUAGAAUGCGCACGGGCUAUCGCUCUUAAAACCAAACAAAGCUUAGAACAAGAAUUGUCGGAAACGCAAACAUUGCUUGAGGAGGCUCACAGACACAAAUCAGAUUCAGAAGAUAGAGCAAAUGUUUUGCUUCGAGAGAAAUCUGAUCUUCAGACUCAGUUAGAAGAAAAUGAAGAAGAGCUGGCUGAAGUUUUGAAGAAAUAUAAAGCUGCUGUGCAACAAAUGUCUGUUGAUCAAAUAGCUUUACAGGAACAAGUUUCUUUAGUAUCGGAAUUAGAAGUGGAAAGAAAUCAUCUUAAAGAACAAUUGGCUGAGCUUAGUUCAAGAUUAGAGAGUGCUGAAAGUAUGGGUGGUGCGUCGUCUAAUUUACUGUAUAAGAGAUCCGAACUUAAAGUGAAAGAACUAGAAUCGAAGUUAGAGCUAGAGCAAACGACUAGAUCUAGAUUAGAAGUACAGAUUGCUAGACUCAAAGAAACUGUAGAAAAGAUACAAAGUGAAAUUUCAGCUAGUAGAAUAAAGGAACAACAAGCUCAAGACCAAGUUAGAAAAUUGCAAAGGCAAUUGAGGGAAGUUAAAGAGGAACUCAAUAAUUCUCUUGUUAAAGAAUCAGAGGUGAUAAUCAAAAAGAAAGAGCUAGAAAAACGCUGCGAAGCUCUUGAAGCUGAGGCUUCCACAGGGAGAGCUGAUUUAAAAAUAGCUUUAAAACGUAUUGAAGAUUUGCAAUCGGCUAUACAGGGUGAUUUAGAUGAUAGUAUUUCUAACGAAUCAGAGAGUGAAGAAGAUAGUUACGGUUCAGAUGAGUCUGUUAAUACAUUUUUAAAUAAUCAUAAAAUAAGUUCUCCUACUAAAAGUGACAAGUCUUCCUUUUCAAACGAUAUUAGGAGAUUAUCAAAUACCAGUCGUUCAAGUACAUCAAGCAAUUUAGGUAAAGACUCCUCGUAUGCCUGAGUAAAGGAGACCCUCUGCAAAACUAUUUCAAUGACGUUUUGCAAGAGAGAAGUAACGCCGGAGGAUAGUGUCGUUAUGGAAUUUGUCUAGAAAUGCAAUGGAAACAAUAAUUUGCGUUGAAGCUUGCAGAUAUUUGCUAAAUAUAGCCUUGGUCAUAUAAAUCAUAGGAAUAAUAGGGUGACCUUAAGAAAUUCCAGGUAUAAAAUACGUUUGUUACACGUUAAGCAAUGUAAUCCAAUAUACAACGAGUAUUGACUGAAAUCUUAGAUCACAUUAAUUAUCAUGGUACAUACUAUUCACCACCUUUUUUAACGUACAUGUUAUUACAGGGCAUAGAACAAUCGCAUAUUAUUAUAUUGCGAUUGUGCUUAUUGAAGCUUUAAUGCCCACUUGCACCGUUUGUAUAAACUUUGUUUAAAGGCUAAACAAUGAUUAACUAUACUGUUUAGCCUUUAAACAAAGUUUAUACAAACGGUGCAAGUGGGCAUAAGUUUAUGGUAUCUUUUUAAUAAGUUAUCAACGUUCAAUCUAACCUUAAAAUCCGUUAUUAAAUUUUGGCAAGCAAGUAGAUAAGUGUUUUUUUAAACACUGUUCUUACGUAUUCCUUUUAUGGUUCUACAAUAUAGAAGGUAUGAAGACUUAAUAUAACACUGAAAUCAUAUUUGGACACAUUUAGAUGGUUAUAAGUGUGUCUAUGUUAAUUUAUGUGAUAUAAGUAUAUUUGAUACACAUAAAUAUAUUAGAUAUUUUGUAUAUUGCUUUGAUAACAACCAAAAUAGCUUACAUUCUUUCAACGAGUUCUAUAAUCGAAUUAUUUUUAAUAUUUCAUUUUAACAAAUAGAAGAUCGUAUUCUUAUGAGACAUGGAACAUCUUUCAGUUUUAUUAGUUAAUAUUUAAGGCAAGUCCAACUUUCUUUCUAGACAUUUUUAUGAGUAAUAAAGGAAUUAUUGUUCUGAUAAGACUGACUUAAGACACUAGAACGAGGUAGUUUAUUUAUUUGUUGUUUUCGUUCUAAUUUUACCUGUACUUAGAAAA